GAGGAGGAAGAGCAAGAGCUUUUGCAUCCUGCAAACCGUGAAGGAACCUUCCCUUCUGUUUUGACUCCAGUAUCCAGUGGCAUUUUUUGACUGCAGAGAAAGAGAGAAAGAUGGUCGGUUGGCAUAGAAGGGGGACUGCUGAAAGGCAGAGAAGAGCGGACAGAAAUCCUGCAACGCAUUCCUAAGGAAGCUUGUCCGGGUGCAUCAGAGCCAAGCCCACGAGGCCAGCCUUUGGGAGCCUCUUCUUCAGCCCCAGCCAUUUGCUCAUCCGUUGCUCUUGAGUGAGCAGUAUGCUUUAAUUCUCUGAUGUGUCUCUAGCAACGUGCCAGGUCUUCCUGUCCCGGUGCAGCCAUGCCUCCGCGGCCCUCGUCUGGGGAGCUCUGGGGGCUCCACCUCAUGCCCCCAAGGAUCAUGGUGGAUUGCUGCCUCCCCAACGGCAUGAUCGUCACGCUUGAAUGUCUGCGGGAAGCGACUCUUCUGGGCAUCAAACAUGACCUUUUCAAAGAGGCCAGGAAAUACCCCCUUUUCCACCUCCUGCAGGAGGAAUCCUCCUACAUCUUUGUGGGGGUGACUCAGGAAGCAGAGCGGGAAGAGUUCUAUGACGAGUCACGGCGUCUUUGUGAUCUACGCCUCUUCCAACCCAUCCUCAAGGUCAUCGAGCCAGUGGGCAACCGAGAGGAGAAGAUCUUGAACCGGGAGAUUGGGUUUGCCAUUGGGAUGCCCAUCUGUGAAUUCGAGCUUGUCAAGGACCCUGAGGUGCAAGAGUUCCGGAGAAAUAUCUUGUCUGUUUGCCGUGAGGCCGUGGAGACACGGGGGGCAGUUGGGCCCCAAAGUCAAGCUUUAUAUGUUUAUCCCCCCAACGUGGAGUCGAGUCCAGAGUUGCCCAAACAUGUCUACAGCAAACUGGACAAAGGUCGGAUCAUAGUUACCAUUUGGGUUAUUGUGUCUCCAAACAACGACAAACAGAAAUAUACCCUCAAGACGCCCCAUGAUGCGUUGCCGGAGCAGGUGAUUGCCGAGGCCAUCCGGAAGAAGACCCGCAGCAUGCACCUGUCCCCAGAGCAGCUGCGCCUGUGCGUGCAGGAGUACCAGGGGAAGUACCUCCUGAAGGUGUGCGGCUGCGACGAGUAUUUGCUCGAGAAAUAUCCGCUCAGCCAGUACAAGUACAUGAGGAACUGCAUCGCCAUUGGCCGCCUGCCCCACCUGAUGCUGAUGAGCAAGGAGAGCCUCUAUGGCCAGCUGCCGGCCAACGUGUUUGUGCUGCCCUCCUAUGCGCGCCGCUCAGCCCCCUCGUCGCAUGUUAACGGCGAUGUCCCCACCAAGUCGCUCUGGUCCAUCAACAGCCUCCUGCGACUCAAGAUCCUGUGCGCAACCUACGUGAACGUCAACAUCCGUGAUAUCGAUAAGAUUUAUGUCCGGACAGGAAUUUUCCACGGUGGGGAGCCUCUUUGUGACAAUGUGAACACCCAGCGGGUCCCCUGCUCCAACCCUCGGUGGAACGAGUGGCUGUCGUAUGACAUCUACCUCACUGACUUACCGCGAGCUGCUCGCCUCUGUGUGUCUAUCUGCUCAGUGAAAGGCCGAAAGGGGGCAAAGGAAGAACACUGCCCCCUUGCCUGGGGCAACGUCAACCUCUUCGAUUACAAGGACACUUUGGUGGCUGGGAAGAUGGCGCUGAACCUUUGGCCUGUGCCCCAUGGCCUGGAGGACUUGCUCAACCCCAUCGGUGUGGGGGGCUCCAACCCCAAUAAGGAGACCCCGUGCCUUGAGCUGGAAUUCACCUGGUACAGCCACACAGUCAAGUUUGCUGAUGCUACUGAAAUAGAGGAACACGCCAACUGGGCUAUGUCUCGGGAACUUGGGCUCAACUACUGUAUGGUGGGAUUGAGUAACCGUCUUGCCCGGGACAGUUCCCUUGACGAAAGCGAACUGGAGCAGCUACGGAAUAUUUGCAACCGGGACCCCCUUUCGGAGAUCACCGAGCAAGAGAAAGACUUCCUGUGGCGGCACCGGCAUUACUGUGUCAACAUACCGGAGACCCUCCCCAAGCUACUGCUGUCUGUUAAGUGGAAUUCACGGGAUGAGGUGGCUCAGAUGUACUGCCUCCUCCGAGAAUGGCCUCUCAUCAAACCUGAACUUUCUAUGGAACUCCUAGACUGCAACUUCCCUGACCCCGUCGUGAGGGAGUUUGCCCUGAAAUGCCUCGUGAAGGGCUUGACAGAUGACAAGCUCUCUCAGUAUCUCAUCCAACUUGUGCAGGUUCUCAAGUACGAGCAGUAUUUGGACAACCCCCUGGCUCGCUUUCUCACCAUGAAGGCUCUGACAAACCAGCGAAUCGGGCAUUUCUACUUCUGGCAUCUCAAAUCGGAGAUGCACAGCAAGCCGGUUUCUCAGCGCUUUGGGCUGAUGCUGGAGGCCUUCUGCCGUGGCUGUGGGAUGUACCUGAAACACCUGAACCGGCAGGUGGAGGCCAUGGAGAAACUCAUCAACCUGACUGACAUCCUGAAGCAAGAGAAGAAGGACGAGACGCAGAAGAUGCAGAUGAAGUUUUUGGUGGAGCAGAUGAGGAGACCAGAUUAUAUGGAGGCGCUUCAGGGCUUCAUAUGUCCACUCAACCCUGUACACCAGCUGGGCAACCUCCGGCUGGAUGAGUGCCGGAUCAUGUCUUCCGCUAAGCGACCGUUGUGGCUGAACUGGGAGAACCCCGACAUCAUGUCAGAGCUGCUCUUCACGAACCAUGAGAUCAUUUUCAAAAAUGGAGAUGACCUCCGGCAAGACAUGCUGACCCUGCAGAUCAUCCGCAUCAUGGAGAGCAUGUGGCAGAGCCAAGGGCUGGACCUCCGCAUGCUGCCCUACGGGUGCCUGUCCAUCGGGGACUGCGUGGGCCUCAUCGAGGUGGUGAAGAGCUCCCACACCAUCAUGCAGAUCCAGUGCAAGGGGGGGCUGAAGGGGGCGCUCCAGUUCAACAGCAACGCCUUGCACCACUGGCUGAAGGACAAGAACAAGGGCGAGGGCUACGAUGCUGCCAUUGACCUCUUCACGCGCUCCUGUGCCGGCUACUGUGUGGCCACUUUUAUUCUGGGCAUUGGGGACCGCCACAACAGCAACAUCAUGGUCAAAGAUGAUGGACAGCUCUUCCAUAUAGAUUUUGGGCACUUCCUGGACCAUAAGAAGAAGAAAUUUGGCUAUAAGCGGGAACGAGUCCCCUUUGUGCUCACCCAGGACUUCCUCAUUGUCAUCAGCAAAGGGGUGCAGGAGUGUACGAAGACCAAAGAGUUUGAGAGGUUCCAGGAGAUGUGCUACAAGGCCUACCUGACUAUCCGCCAGCAUGCCAAUCUGCUGAUCAACCUCUUCUCCAUGAUGUUGGGCUCAGGGAUGCCAGAGCUCCAGUCCUUCGACGACGUGGCCUACCUGCGCAAGACGCUGGCCCUGGACAAGUCUGAGCAGGAGGCACUCGAGUACUUCACCAAACAGAUGAAUGAGGCCCACCAUGGCGGGUGGACCACCAAGAUGGACUGGAUCUUCCACACCAUCCGCCACAUGCCCUUGAGCGAGGCAAGCCACGACUGACAGGCGCAGCCGGGGGAGGGAACGCAGCAGGCCCUCGGAGAGGCCAGGUGCCGGGACGGCCCACUCCCAGCCUCGCGUUUCUUAGGUCACCUGGCUCCUCGUUCUCUCUUGGGACCAGCAGUGAGAAUUCGGGAGGCCGGCUUUCCCCAAGGAAGUUGAGAAAAGAGGCCCAGAGGCGAAGGAGUUGGAGCAGAGGAGAAAGUGGAAGCCAGACACUGGGUCCCUAGGUGCCUCGCAGGGACCAGGGGCGGCGGGGAGGGGGUCAAGUAGAGGCUCUCCCCUCCCCAUUUUUCUCCCACAGAAUUCAAAUCCUUUCCCCUCCUUCCAUUUCUGGUCUAAACAGGUGGCCCCCUCCUCUCCCAUCUGGACAGCUUUAUACUUGAACCCCCCCCCAUCUUUCCCUAUCCCCCUUCUUGUAAUUCCCUGGGAAGAAGAUGGGGGGAGAGAGAAGGGGAGAGAGAGAGAGAGAGAGAGAGUGUGUAUGUGAGUGAGUGAGUGUGUGUGUGUGUGUGAGAGAGAGAGAGGACCUCUUUUCUGCUUAGGGGUGGACAGCAAGAGAAAGAAACAAUACUUGAAAAUGUCUAGAAUUGGA